AUGUCUUAUUGUUCCAUCUGUGUUGGCCAUCACUGGGGAACAACAGCAACCCUUCUUCUUGUUGAUGUAGGUCACACCCCUUUUGGAAGUAUGUUCCAUGACCUUUGCGAGAUAGUGAGUUUGGAUGUGGUGAGCCUAUUUACCAAGAAUCUCACAGAUGAGGCUCUAUCGGUAGUUGGAGAUAUCAUGAAAUUGAAUUCUUCAAUUGGAGAAUGUACCAGUGAUCCAAAAGAUAGCUUGAUGGAGAUUCAAAUUUUAAGAAUAUCAGCAGAUGCUGCUAAAAGGGCACAAGCUGAGUUGAUCCGAAAGCGGUCCCGCGCUCAAUCCCCCGUGUGUUCUCCUUCAAAUAAUGAAGUCAACCAUUCCAAAACUGCUCUUGUGUUGAACGUUGAACAGUCUAGCAUGCAGUCAUCGCCAACUACUACUUAUACGCGAAGUAACUCUACGACAGGAAGUGAAUUUGAUGAAGAAGAAGUAAGUGAAAAUGAAGACAGUGAUGAUUCUUGGACCAAUCAGGAAGAGUUCUCGUCUGAUCUAAUUUUAAGCAUGAAGAACAUGAAAGAAGUGGAUGGAGAUAAACCAUUUAGAUGUCCUGUACCAGGUUGUAAAAAACGGUAUAAGAAUAUCAAUGGAAUCAAGUAUCAUGCACGACAUGGUCACCGCAAGGACGCACGAGUAAGGAAAGGUUACCGGUGUCAUUGUGGAAAAAGCUACAAAACUCCUCAAGGUUUACGCAGUCACAACAUUAACCACCAUCCUGCGUUUGACAUUCUCUCUUUAUCACAACAGAACUGCACACCACAACAAGUGCAAUCCUUACAACUGCCAACACAACAACAACCACCACAACAACAACCACAACAGCAGCAGCAGCAGCCACCAGUGCGACCAACACAUUUGACGGUGUCGCCAGCCAAGCCCUCUGCUGCGCAACUGACUUGCACAACUUCGACGGCUGCCGUCAGUACGCCUUCGAUUACGCCAACAAAUCUCACAUCAGUUAGCCCGUCAUUAGCUGCUGCCCUUUCGCAGACAAUGCUAACACCAUCCCAGCUGAUGGCUCAGCUGCCGUCCGGCAUUCCCUCAAUGUCAGUUCCGUCAGCUAAUUCUGCUCCGUCUGUUGGUCAUGUUCAGUUGAUUAGCCAACCGGCUGCGCUCGUCACUACUGCAGCAUAUGAGAAGUGAAACUUGAAAAACUUGCAAAAAAAAAAACACAAAAAAAAAAGUAAGAAACACAAUAUUUUUUUUGUGCUUGUUGAAUAUUUAAAUUCAACAGCAAAAACCAAAAAAAAUCUCACUCUCUCCCACCCACCCCAACACCCAUAUUAUAUACAAAAAAGAAAAAAAA